UUGGCGAGCUUCCCUGUCUCGUCUUGGGAUCCGUCCCCUUCCGGGUCUGUGUUUCAGUGACUUCCAAUGGGCACUGAUCAACGCUUUGCUGUUGAAUAAAUUGGACAAACUACUCUACGAAAUAAAAUUGCACAUCGGAGCGGGCUGCGAUUUCGUGUCCUGGACACCAGCCACAGGGAUGUCAGAGAUUAGUGUUGAGACAGAGCCCAGCCAAGCUGAGGGCCCAGGGUCUCAGGUGGAGCAUGAGGUGGGGGAUCAGGGCCAAGCCGAGGGCCCAGGGUCUCAAGUGGAGCAUGAGAUGGGGUCUCAGGUCCAAGCCGAGGGCCCAGUGUGCCAGGUCCAAGCCGAGGGCCCAGGGUCUCAAGUGGAGCAUGAGGUGGGGGAUCAGGGCCAAGCCGAGGGCCCAGGGUCUCAGGUCCAAGCCGAGGGCCCAGUGUCCCAGGUCCAAGCCGAGGGCCCAGGGUCUCAAGUGGAGCAUGAGGUGGGGGAUCAGGGCCAAGCUGAGGAGGCCCAGAGGUACCCUGAAGACGCUCAGGACACACAUGAAGGAGACCUGCGGGGCACAGACAGCCCCGGGGCUGACCAGUAUGAUGAUGUUGUGUAUGAUGUGGAUCUGAGUGACAGUGGUGAGGAUGCACAGGGUGACGCUUCUCUAAACCACAAGAGAGAGGCUCACUCGGACACAGACGCCUCCCUAAAGGACAGUGAGGCUGCUCCCACUGGUAAUGAGGCUUCGAUGGAUGCAAAGUUAAAGGAGACCAUGGCAGAGGAGCCGCACAGAAGCUCAGCAGCUGAGAUCGCAGUGACCAGCAACGGUGAAGCGGACAGCAGUCACGAUGAUGUGUUUCAGAGGGACCCAGGAAUGAGCGGUUUCCCAAGCAUGGCCCAGGCCCACGUCACAUCUGACAGCUAUGGCUCAACCUCAGAGGGCAUUGUUGAAGUUGGGCCAUAUAAAGGAUCGGCCAGUCAGCCUACGACCCCCACAGUCGACCCGAGCUCAGUGGCGGCUAGCCGUCUGGCCCGAGUGGCCAGUGACAGUCAGGUGGAGCUGGAGAAAGGUGCAGCAGGAGGACAGUCAACCAGUGGGGCGUUGGUCCUCGCAGAUGACCUGAAGAACCCGGCCAUGGAGAAGCUGGACCUGGUGAGAAAGUGGAGCAUCAACACCUACAAGUGCACUAAACAGAUCCUGUCUGAGAAGCUGGGACGUGGGUCCCGGACAGUGGAUCUGGAGCUGGAGUCGCAGAUUGACAUUCUCCGCGACAACAAGCGCAAAUACGAGCAAGUGAUCAAGCUAGCUCAGACACUGGCCGGCCAGCUCACUAUGAUGAUGCAGACCCAAAGACAGCUGGGAGACGCCUUUGCUGAUCUCAGUCUGAAAUCACCUGAACUUCAUGAGGAGUUCAGCUAUAAUGCUGACACCCAAAAACUCCUGUCCAAAAAUGGCGAGACUCUCUUAGGAGCAAUCAACUUCUUCAUCUCUUCUGUGAAGACACUAGUGGACAAGACCAUUGAGGAUACCCUGAUUAACAUCAAACAGUAUGAAGCAGCCAGAGUUGAGUAUGAUGCAUACCGCACUGACUUGGAGGAGCUGAACCUGGGACCACGGGACGGCAACACACUGCCCAAGAUCGAACAGUCCCAACAGCAGUUCCAGAUCCACCGCGAGAAAUAUGAGCAGAUGCGCAAUGAUGUGUCAGUCAAACUGAAGUUUCUGGAGGAGAAUAAGGUCAAAGUACUGCACAAUCAGCUCAUUCUCUUCCAUAAUGCUAUAGCGGCAUAUUAUGCAGGCAAUCAACAGCAACUAGAACAGACCCUCAAACAGUUCCACAUCAAGUUGAAAAUGCCCGGCGGGGAUUCCCCUUCUUGGCUGGAAGAGCACUGAUGGAUGGUUCAGCCGUUCGUGGUGUGAACCACAGAGGGAGGAAGGCAUCAGCAACUGAAGAUGGGAAGUAACAUGCACUCCUUCACAAGCAAACUGUCGAUCCCAAAUAAAGGGCAGUUUGCUAAUCCUUUUCCUCUCUGACUAUGACCUUAAAUCAGUUUGGCAAAAAAGAAAAAUUUACAAAAAAAAACAAAGGUUAUUUUUCUCUCCUUGUCUCUAUUGCUCACUUUUCAAACUAAAGAUUUUUAUUGUGUCCUUGUAUCUGAGAAGAUGUUUUUUUUUUUUACUCUUUAAUGGAAAAAAAACCCUAAAUCACUUGACUCAAGGGACAUGCACUUUUAUGGUGUGAUAUGACAAAUCUGACUUAAAAAAAACUGGGCUAAGGGAAUGACCUUUGACCCCAGCUCAAUGAAUGUAGGGACUGAAGUAUGGCCUGGAGUCUGAAUCUGCUCUGAAAGAAUUUGCAAGGAUCUGCACACUUUUUUAAAAAUCCCUUUCCUCUAAACCCUGCUCUCACACCAGCAUGGACAGGUAAUAGUAACUAGGACAGUACCAACAGGUAGACUAUACAAAUAUUCAGAAUACUUGGUUAGAUGGUGCUAUAUAGGCCAACUGGGGAACCGUAUGAUAUAUAUCUCAUCAAUCAGGAAGAUUGGAACAGUUUUACAAUGUACCCAUUGGGUGUUCAGUUAGGAAAGUGAGGGAAGGUUGAAUGUCAGGAAGAGUGAUGGUUAGGACAAGGAGGCUGUUAUAGUGCAGAACCUAUUUGGUAUGGGCUCCACAAAGGGUAGGGGGGAAAGAGUUGAUCUUCACACUGGUUAUAUAGAUGAUACAGAUCUGGGUGUUUUGAUUGGGUAUAUUGUUACUUCUUAAAGAAGGAAGGACCAGCCUUAUUGUGUUACUUGACAUGAAAUUACUUUAUGUGCCUUUUUAAUGUUGCAUGCAAGACCAGCUUGUGGUGGUCAUCGUAUUAGAGAUGAAAACACCCAGAAGACGACCAUACUGCCUGGCCGUGGAUUAUCUAACAGGCCAAAAAUACAUACCCACAUCCUAGCCUGAGACAGCACAAUCUAUUAUUCACUCAUUGAUAGCCUUCUAAAGUUCAUCUUCAAGUAAAUACAGUUACUAUGAAUUAAAUCGAGCUUUGUACCCAUACACUGUUAUUAAGGAUAACAAAACUCUUGAAUAUUUAAACCAAAAGACAUCUGAUUUUUGUACAUAGGAAGCCUCUGCUGAUGAACCUUGUGUUUGUUUGGAAUUCUACCCUGUACUUUGUGUUAGCUGUUGUCCUUUACCAGGAGAAUUUGGUGCACAGCUGCUGUACCACAGAAUGAUGUGCCUGAACACUUACAAGCACAUUCUUCAGCGUUUAUGUCAAAUAGUUUAUCAUUCCUUUGAGCUUUAAUUUGGACUGCUCUUUAAAGGGACAUUUGUGAAGAGCACAAAUCUUUUUCCUUUCAAUCUGUUAUGCUAUAACCAAGACCAGAAAGUAAUCACUGUUUAAAGCUAAAACAGCCUCAGAAACAGUUUUUCACGAAACUACUUUAUAUUACAAGAAGUUUUGUUAGUUUCACUUAAACACAUCUUCUGUCCAAAAAUAUAACUCCAAGUUGUUUGCAGUGGAAUCCCGUUCCUGAACACGAGCAUAGUCCCAAGUGGCCAGGCAAUGUCCUGCAGCACUAGAGGUCCCUCACAAGUUUUGUAUCUGUAUUGCAUUUCUCAUCAGAGGGGUAUACCUGUACAAUGAUUCUGUGUUUGCUAACACAAACAUGUAAGCAUAGGUAGAUAUACAUACAGUAUAUAUAAAUAUCUCUAUAUUUGUACGUUGCUGUAUUUUAAUCUUGUAUAAAUGAUCUCUGUCAUGGGCAUUGUUCUGAAGACCUCACCAUUUGGCGUACUCCUCUGUGAAGGUGGAACAUCAUUUAACAGAUACACUGUUAAUAUGAUGCAUGUUCAGUGAUGGGCUUUCGAGUGUAAGAAACCCUCUUAAUGUUGUGUAACAUCUUUGGAGAAAAAAAAUUAAACUAUUUUUUCUUCUUAAA